GACCACGGUAGAGACAUGAAGCGAAUAAUCUUUUUACUCUGUGUUUAUUUAACGAUGGUGCUAUGUAAUCCGGUACCUGGAGGUGGAUGUGGAGAUGGCGGUGAUAACGGCGGUGGAGGAGAUGGAGGCGGAGGAGAUGGGGGCGGGGGUGACGGAGGUGGUGGAGGUGGUAACGGAGGUGGCGGCGGAAGUGGCAGCGGGGGCGGCGGCGGAAGUGGCGGGGGAGGCAAUGGUGGCGGAGGAGGCGGCGGAGGUGGCGGUGGUAUCGGAGGAGUAAUAGGUGGCAUCAUCGGAGUUGGGGCAGGCGGUGGUGGCGGCGGUGGUCACGGAGGAAAAGGAGGUGGCGGAGGAGGAGGAGGUGGAGGCGGAAUUGGAGGCGUUAUAGGCGGUAUCAUUGGAAUCGGCGCUGGUGGUGGUGGCGGUGGAGGCCACGGAGGAAAAGGAGGUGGCGGAGGAGGGGGAGGUGGCGGUGGAAUCGGCAUCGGAAAUGGCAUUGGAAGUGGAGGUGGAAGUGGAGGUGGAAGCGGCGGAGGCGGCGGCAAUAAUGGAGGAGGUGAUAACGGAGGUGGUGAUAACGGAGGUGGUGACAACGGAGGUGGUGAUAAUGGAGGUGGUGAUAACGGAGGUGGUGACAAUGGAGGUGGUGAUAAUGGAGGUGGAGACAACGGGGGUGGAGACAACGGAGGCAACGGAUGCGACAAAGGUUGCAAGAAGGGUUGCGGCGAUACUACAGUUGACGUAUUGAGCCAUUUGGUAAAUGUCGGAAAAUGAAGACGGAAAAUUGGACUCUAUUGCCUGCUUAGACAAAUAAAUUAACAGACAUUUAUAUAUAUUUAAAAAUGUAACUUCUAACAUUUCAAUUUUUGUUAUUGAAUUAUUUUCUUUGUGCACAUCGUGGUUAUAAUCAUUACAUAGUAUAAAGUCGCUGUCGCUGUCUGGUCCUAUGUAUGAUAUCUUUAAAACUACGCAAUGGAUUUUGA